CUUUAACAACAGAUGUCAUCAGUUUUCCUAGAAGUAGUAGGCUUGCUUUAUUCAUUUGUUGAGAUUGCCUAUAAAUACUCAAAUCUGAAUAACCAUCCUUUUUCUGUUAAUCAUCUUUCAUGUAAGGAUGGUGUUCCUUGAGAAACGGUGGCUCCUGCAUCCUGCAGCUGAGUCACAGCAGUACUCUUUCUUCCCGGCAACCUGCAGCUGAAAAGCUUGAUGAAUGCUUGCUAUUUGUCAUGUGGGAUACCACGAGAACAUGAACUAGAGAGUAGUUAUUUAAUAAAAUUAAGAUUUUUUUUUUUUAACAAAACUAAUAAUUUUUGCUGCUCCAUAGAAGACAUUCUUAACUGAAAUUGACAUUAAAAACAAAUAAAAAAUGAACUUCAAGUGUGUAAUAGUGGAAAAUACAAGUACUAAUAUGGUCAGAUGCCACUAUUUUGAUUUAUGCUAAGAUGCCAGCAAUUUUACCCACCAUUGUUUUUGUACCUUUAGUUCAAAUGUCAACACACUUGAAGAUAGUUUGACCUUGCAGGAUUCCCAGAAAGGGUUGUGGACCAUACUUUGAAAACCACUGGGUAAGACCCAGUCAUAUGUAUACCCAGUGUUCUUGCUUCUUCUGCCUAGGCUCCAUGCCAAUUGAACACACAUCUUCACUACCACCUCUGUCCCUGUGUGUACACAUAUGCAUAUAUACAUAAUUAUGUGUUUAUAUACAUGUAUGCAUCUGUGUAUUUGUGUAUGUAUCAGCUAAUAUUGGUUAUAAUCCUGUCUUCAAUGGUCUCUUCUAAUAGACUGAGCCAAGUUUCAUAUUUAUCUUGGGGGGAGGAGCACUGAGUACUAUGACUGUUACGGGUAAUCACUUGUUCCAUGUUAGUCAUCUUUAUUAUCAUCAUUUUCAUCAUUAUAUGGGCUUAAUAAAGACUUAAAUACUUUUGAAACAGACGAAGAGGUUGGGUUAGUAUUCCCAUCGUUUCCUUAGAACUGGUUUUCUGUGAUAUCAGCAAGUGAAAGCACAAAAGGAUUUGGGAAUGCUCAAAUAGGUUCCUAAUUGAAGGAGUUUCCAGAUUCUUUAUUGUAUAAUGUACAUUGUAAAUCCUUAAGAGGAGUAGGAGGCAACAAAACAAAGCAUUUCUCAAGCUGAAUCAUUUGUGAACCCUCUUUUCAUAGCAUCACUCAGAGUAUUAGACUCUUUAGCAUUUUCUUGGGAAGUAAUCUGCCUCCUUCCUGGCUUUUCCAUUUUAACAGAUGAGGAAGUUAACUAUCCACAUUCAUUCUUGCAUUAAAUUUAUAUUUCAGCUAUUUGAUGAAUACCUCUUAAGGUAGACACUGCUAAGUGUGGAAAUACAAUGGUAAGUGGAAAAACAUAGGAAAGUGCUAACACUCUUUGUAUGAAGUGGGUGCUUAAGUGGGAGAUUCCAAUAUUCGUUAACUAAUCACUGAAAUUACCAGUGUUCUGAGAAUGGUUUGUAGGAAGAACACAGUGCUACAUAAUUUGGUUUUUGAUUGACUUGAGUCUUCCUUUCAACACUAAUGCUGGUAUCCUUGUGGUUCACAUGACUGAAGAUCAGUGAGAGGGUCACCUGUUGCCCAACUCCUCCAUCCUUGAGUAGCAUUGGAGAUAUGUUUUAAAAUGUGAGACAACCUCCAUAUAGUGCGUGACAUAUAGUAGGUGCUGUAUAUGUUGAUUAGCAAAGUGAAGAAUGCAUAAAUGUGUUUAGGAAACCUGGGGCCGCAGGACAUACCCUGUACUGUAGUCUUAUCACCCCUAACUCCCUGUGUUGUACUGGGUGGACUGAAACCACACAGUGUGUGUUUCAUGCUCCUUUGUUCUGACCUGGCCCCAUCUUAGAAGGAACCAGUGACCUUCAUAUAAAGAAAUACCACACAUGUGCUGUUUUCUAUUUUGGUCUAGUAUUACCCACAUUUGGGGGAAAAUGUUAACACUAUAUACAUGAACAGAUUUAAUCAAAGGACGUGUUGUUAACAUAGUGAAAUUGGCCUUUGGAUUUAUGACUGCCUGGACAGAUGAUAGCAGAAGAGUUUUGCAAUAGAAUAGCCCCGGAGUCAGGAAUUUUGUAAAGUUAGGGUCAUGUGUAAUUUGAUGUUUCAUUCCAUGAAGUCACCUACAGAGAAAUCGAACAUUUACAUGUUUAUUCACUGGUGCUUUUGGUUCUUUGUGUGUAGCCACAGACUGUGGGCUGGAUGAACUCUGGGAAUACAUAAGAAUCUCCUCUCUCCGCUACCACAUACAGUCAGGAAUAAUUCAAGAUACCUUUACUGGAAAUCAUUUUGCUGAAAUUAUUGAAACAGUGAUUCUUGAAUUUGAAGACAAGAAAAUGAAGAAGAAGAAGGAGAAGGAGAAGGAGGAGAAGGAGAAGAAGAAGAAGAAGAAACAGUAACAAAUCACUGAUGAUGUUGGAUUUAUUAUUACAGAUGGCAUUGACACUAUAGGACCAUCUUCAUCAGCUUAUGAACGCUCUCCUCUAGCAAACAAUAUAAAUGCAAUAAGCAGAGUGACAGUCAAGAACCUUGACAUGGAAGUGGGGGCAUCAGCACCAAGUUGUCCAAUGGCACUGAGAUAAAGCAGAGAAAAUUUCUUCCAUGGUAAACUUGAUCACAGCUCCUACUGGCUGAGGCUGUUAUGAGGAUUAUGUGAGGAAUACAGAUCAUGUAAGAUGUGUACACCUGUCCCACACAAAGUAAGCACUCAGUGAAAGAUAUGGAUGUAAUGAGGCCUUUGAUAAAUGAGCAGAAUUCUGAUGGGACAUCAGAUGAGGAGCAUGAGCAAGAGCUCCUGCCUGUUCAGAAGCAUUACCAGCUUGAUGGUCAAGAGGGCAUUUCAUUUUUACAAACUCUUAUGCAUCUUCUUAAAGGAAAUAUUGGAACUGGCCUUUUAGGACUUCCAUUGGCAAUAAAAAAUGCAGGAAUAGUGCUUGGACCAAUCAGCCUUGUGUUUAUAGGAAUUAUUUCUGUUCACUGUAUGCACAUAUUGGUACGUUGCAGUCACUUUCUAUGUCAGAGGUUUAAAAAGUCAACAUUAGGUUAUAGUGACACUGUGAGUUUCGCUAUGGAAGUGAGUCCUUGGAGUUGUCUUCAGAAGCAAGCAGCAUGGGGACGGAGUAUGGUUGACUUUUUUUUGGUGAUAACACAGCUGGGAUUCUGCAGUGUUUAUAUUGUCUUUUUAGCUGAAAAUGUGAAACAAGUUCAUGAAGGAUUCUUGGACAGUAAAGUAUUUGUUUUGAAUAGUACCAAUUCGUCAAAUCCAUGUGAAAGAAGAAGUAUUGACCUAAGGAUAUACAUGCUUUGCUUUCUUCCAUUUAUAAUUCUUUUGGUCUUCAUUCGUGAACUAAAGAAUCUAUUUGUACUUUCAUUCCUUGCCAACAUUUCCAUGGCUGUCAGUCUUGUGAUAAUUUACCAGUACAUUGUUAGGAACAUGCCAGAUCCCCACAACCUUCCAAUAGUGGCUGGUUGGAAAAAAUACCCGCUUUUUUUUGGUACUGCUGUAUUUGCUUUUGAAGGCAUAGGAGUGGUCCUUCCACUGGAAAACCAAAUGAAAGACUCAAAACGCUUCCCUCAAGCUCUGAAUAUUGGCAUGGGGAUCGUUACAACUUUGUAUGUGACUUUGGCUACUUUAGGAUAUAUGUGCUUUCGUGAUGAAAUCAAAGGCAGCAUAACUUUGAAUCUUCCCCAGGAUGUAUGGUUAUAUCAGUCAGUGAAAAUUCUGUAUUCCUUUGGCAUCUUUGUGACAUAUUCAAUUCAGUUCUAUGUUCCAGCAGAAAUUAUUAUCCCUGGAGUCACAUCCAAAUUUCAUGCUAAAUGGAAGCAAAUUUGUGAAUUUGGGAUAAGAUCCUUCUUGGUUAGUAUUACUUGUGCUGGAGCAAUUCUUAUUCCUCGUUUAGACAUCGUAAUUUCCUUUGUUGGAGCUGUGAGCAGCAGCACAUUGGCCCUGAUUCUACCACCUUUGGUUGAAAUUCUUACAUUUUCUAAGGAACAUUACAAUAUAUGGAUGAUCCUGAAAAAUAUUUCUAUAGCAUUCACUGGAGUUGUUGGCUUCUUAUUAGGUACAUAUGUAACUGUUGAAGAAAUUAUUUAUCCAACUACCAGAAAUGUAGCUGGUACUCCACAAAAUCCCUCUCUGAAUUUGAAUUCAACAUGCUUAGCAUCUGGUUUGAAAUAAUAGAAGCAGAGUUCAGAUUCUUAUACUUUUGUCUCAGUUUGGAAAGCAAUUAAAAUAAGAACAGUAAAAUACACAUCACCAUAUACUCAAAAAUAGAUCAUCCUCUCCCCAUUUUUGGCACAGUGUUAAUAUUUUGGCAGAAAACUACAAUACUUUACCAGUAAUGGUGAACUAUGACAUGCUUUAAAUAAUACAAUAAUGUUUAAAUUACUUUGGACAAUUGAAAAAUUAAAAUAUAAAAAAAUUAAAGAAUAAAAAUAUUUCUAAAUUAUUUAUAAUUUCUGUAAGAAACACUUUAAUCAAUAUUUCUCUCUUACCCCCAUGCUACCUUUUUGCCACCAAGUUGAGGAGAUAUAGGACUUCAACAGUUUGGGAAUUAAAUCAGGACAUACAUAACAAAAGUCUCUCUCUAGACCAUCCCAGUGAAUAUCAGAGUAAGCUUUUUGUAUAACGUAAGAAAAUCUGGAUUGUUUUUAUUAGGUAUUUAGCCAAAUACUUACUUAUGCUUAGCCCAUCCAUUGGAAAAUACACUUCCCAUUAUAUAAGCAUCAGAAAAUCCCCCAAACAGAAUUAUUUUUACACUGUACUGUAUAGUAGGUGAUCUUCAUAUUAGGCAGGAGGUACUUAGCAAGAUUCUGAUUUAGUGUUUCAGUCAGAUUUGGAAGGGACUUUAAAGGUUACCCAGUACAACUCCUUGUAAGUUGUAAGUGAAGACUCAGAAAAGUUAAGCAACUUGGUUAAGGCCGCUUGGGCUUGAGAAAAAGAGAACCUGAUUUCUUGACUACCAGGCCAGGGAUUUUAUUUUUCACAUCACAUCCAAGAAUAAAUUAUCUUCAGUUUAAUUUUAUUGUUGAGUCUAUUUAAUUAUAUUUUUAUAUUUUGAAAGUGGGUAUAUGAUCUUUGAAUAGUAUACAUCACCUGAACAGAAAACCAGGAAACUAAGAACCGAGCACUGUGGCUUCAUACCUCAGCAAGGGAAAGAAGCAAUUGUUUUUUAAUACAGAAUUGAGACCAUUGCUGCUAUGACAUGGUGGGCUAGAAUGGGCCGUGCUGCAGUGUUUGUGGCUGGAGCUCUCCUUAUGUUCCUUCUCUUCCCUCAGUUUCAUAGGCACUAUCUUCCUUAAUAGCAGAAAAUAGAUACUGACGAAAUAUAGGACUUGUGGAUUUUUUCAGCCUUAUGGCUUUCCUUCUUCCAGUCUUUCAUUGAUCUGAAUGGGCAGAAUAAAAGAACCAUAAAAUGCAUGGAUAGGGGGCUGGGGCUGUAGAGCGCUCGCCUAGCAUGGGUUCGAUCCUCAGCACCACAUAAAAAUAAAUAAAAAAGAAGUAUUGUGUCCAACUAUAAAAACUAAAAAAUAUUUUUAAAAAAUGCAUGGAUAGGAAAAAUUCAAACAAUAAUAAUCUGUUAACUAAAUAUUGAGACACUCCAGGUAUCUUCCAGAGAAAUACCUUCUAUUCUUCCAAAUUCUUCAAGCACACUUAAUAACCAGAACAAAUAAUCUCAUUUGAUGGGGAAGAUGAAAAUUAUUAAGUUUAAAGCAUAAGGAGAAGAAUUUCUUCUGACUUAAAAAAAUUCAAACUUUAAAACAUGGAACAUUUUAAUUGGCCUGGUGGUAGUCUAAUGGAUAAUGCUGCAAGAUGCCAUUAAACUCACUGUAGAGAAUAUAUUCUCUAUUUUUGUAUAUAAAUGUUUACAUAGGUAUUUUUUGCUUAUGUCAUUCACUGAUCAUCAGUAUGAUCCUAAAAAUAUAUCAGAAGCUUUAUUUUGCUACAGAUUCAUAAGAAUCAAAACUUCUUAAAAACAUUUACAUUAAGUAUUUCCAAUAAUAGUUUUUGUAAUACUUUUGUAUUAAAUAUGUUACAUUGAGUCUUUAUUCAUACUAAGAGAAUAUGGAAAAGGAAAAGUAAUCUUCGUUGAAACUAAUGUUAUAUAAUCUUGAAUCUAAGAAUAAAUUAGAUGUUUUAAAAAUUUAUAAGUUGUAAAAUGAUUAAAAAACCAUUGCUUAAUGGAAAAUAGCAUUAGUUUUUUGUCAGCUGUCUUCACAAUGUAUUUAUAGUCUGUGUGAAAUUUUAUUUUUGUACUUUCACCUAUUUAUUUCCUUAUGGAAUUAAUAAAAUAUAAUGAAAUAUUGAAUAGUUGUUCAUAAAAAUAAAUUUUACAUUUAGCAUCAACACAUCUUGAGCAUAUUGUCAACUGGGCUUUCAUAUGCAGUGAUAAUGCUGACUCAACAUCCAAUUUGAAAGUCACUAAAUUAUCAAGAUUCUACAAGAAAAAAUUGAAAUUUAGAAAGGAAGAAGGGCUAAAUGGGGAGAAAAUGGUUUUAAUUUUUAAGAUACACUAAAUGCAAUGUUUCAAUGCACUCUUAUUUAAGCGUAUUUGAUAAUAAUAUUACUACAUAAUCAUUACAGAUUUUAUGCCAGUUUUUUGUGAAAGUGGGGUACAAGCAUUAAGUGAAGUUUUUUUUUUUAAGCAUUGUGUUGUUAUUAAAAAAUCAUUUCUUACUAAGCUGUCUUUGGUGGAAGAUCAGGAUGCACAGAGUGCUCAUGAAUAUGCAUUAGUUCAGUGUCAAUGAUUCUGCAGUGAAAUACAUAUUUAUCAUUGGUAAUAUUUUUCUGAAAUUUAGUUUUUAUGAGUCAUAACAUUUUCUAAAGAUUUUUGGAGAAAAUAUUUUGAUUGUAUCAGCUGUUGGUUUUACUUUGGGAGCUGGGAGAAUUGAGAGUGAUUGUACCUGUGGAAUUUUGUGUCUACUGUUUUUUGGUCCAUCAUGAUAUGGUUGAAAUGACAGCAUCUAUCUACUACACAGUGAAAAUUUUUUUCUGAAAGUUGUCUUGUCUGAGAGUCAUCUCUGCUGAAUGGGUGGGGCAGGGGAGAAAACCUUUAUUUACCUCUGGUGAAGCUCUGUUUUUACCAAGUUAUCUCUGCUCCCUUACACCUAGAGUUUUAUUAGGAUCAGAGUCAACUUGUUGUUAAAACACUGCUUCCCAAACAUUUUGUCAGAGGAAAUUUAUCCCUCAUGGCCAGAUUUCUUUACAAUUAAGUAAGAGUUUUUGUUGGUUGAAGAUUACUUUAGAUGCUGUUACCAAAUGAAAAUAAGUAUUGUAUUAGCAAAUGCCACAUUACAUUUUAAUUCUGUCCUUAAUUUUUCUUUAUUAAAAUGAUCUCUGCCUCUUGUGUAGAAAAUGCACUUAAAUUUUUACAAGAGGAUUAUACACUGCAUGUGUUAUAAAUUUUCUAAUGGGAUUUGAUUUCCCUCAAUAUUUGCUUAAUAGUUACAUAGAAGCUGUUUAACUUCAAAGUACUAUAAAAUAUUAAAGUUCUAUAUUAUGCCAUUUCUAGUGGUGAAAAAACACAGAUCUUGCUGUAACUUACCUGUCUAUCUCUUCACCACAGAUGUCAAUGUAACAUCUGAGUAAUGCAUUUGUUGACAAUAGGUACCCAAAUUCCAUUUCUUUAUCUCUUAUUUUUCAUUUAAAAGGGAGAAGAUACAGAGUAGAGUUGAUGUAUAUAUUAAAUAAAAUUAUUUAAAUAAUACUAGUAUUUCAAUGAAUGUUGAGGCAUAGAAUAAUUUGCUAUAAAAAUAAACAUUAAUUUUAAAAAGUUGAUUUAUUUUGGUCUUUUUGGCUCCCUCUUCAUACUAUAAUUUGAGAAGCUGAUCUAAAAGAUUGGAUACUUCUAACAUUAAAUUACAGACUGUGAUAGUUAAUACUUUAUAGAAUUAUGGUUAGUCUAAUACAUACCACUAACAUUUACUUCUAGGUCUCAUAUCAUUCUGAAACUGGUUGGUUUUGGCCUAGGAGAUCAGAAUAUAUGCUUAAGAAAUGACUAGACAUGGUAUUUGUUGUCCUCUCAUAAGUGAAAUGAUGGAUCACGCUGAUUCUUUAAAGUUUAUGUUAAAAUAGGCUAAUUCCUGCUGGAAUGUGUGCACCCACAUGUACAAACACACACCAGUAACUUACGUGAACUAGAUAAAAAUAUAAUCUACCAUUUAAAUUGGAUCCUGAAAGAUGAUAUAUUGGAAAUAUCACUCUAAAAAAUUGUGCAUUUGAGUUUUCUAGGCAACAAAUAGGAAAAGACAUGCUUAUGACCUAAAUAAAUCAAGCUGUGGAUUUUUGUUUUUCAAAAGGAUUUUGUUAGUUUUAGAACUGAAUGUCAUUGUGCUCAAGUCAAUUGUUUUAUUUUUCUUUGUAAAAGAAUAUGAAAAAGUCUGUCUUAAAGUACUGUAAUGCUUCUGAGUUUUCAAUAAAACAUAAUUAUUUUGCUUUAA